AUGACUGCUAUCACUAUAAUAGUGAACAGUGCAACUGAUGCAACUACUGCCACCAAUAUUGUUGGCCAUUGUUCAGAAGAGGUCUCUGUACACUCAUACGGUAAAUGGGAAUCAUCAUCGAGAAUGAGCGCGUUAAACACCGGAUCGAGUUCAACCGAUUGA